GUAAAGGUGGGGCCAGCUGGCUGCAAAACAUUCCGGUCCUGAUCAUUCUCUUUCAUUGGCCUACAGCCUCUUCAGAAGCGAUGAUACCACGAAGGUGUAUCUUAGGAGUUCCUGUCUGCGUAACAAUUUUCUUCCUCCAGGGUUCAAAGGCAGUGGCAGUGUCUCCACCAGAUGCCCCCAUGGGCUCAGGUCUGUGGCUGUGCCAGCCCGCCCCUCGGUGUGGGGAGCAGGUCUACAACCCCUUGCAGCACUGCUGUAGCGAUGACACCAUCCUGCCCCUGAACCGGACUCGCCAGUGUGGCCCCAACUGCACCUUCUGGCCCUGCCUGGAGCUCUGCUGUCCCGAGUCCUUUGGCCCCAAGAGGUUUGUUGUGAAGUUGAAGGUCCUGGGUACCCAGUCCCAGUGCCCUUCGUCGCCCAUCUCCAGGAUCUGCCCCAGGUAAAGGCGCCAACUGCUCGCGGCUGAGGGAAGGAAGCAGGGAUGAGGGACACAGAGGGUUCUAGGGGGAUCCCCUUCCUGUUAUUUUUAUCUCCAGCCAUUUCUGGAAACUUCCCACUCUUUUCCUUGUCUCUGUCUCAUAAUUUCCUAAUUUUUCUUUCUCUGCAGCUGAAGGAGCUAGGCGAGCUCCUUACAAAAAUGGAAUGUUUUGCAUUUGCCAGCACAGACCCGCACAUAUCACCAGCUUCCCGCCCUCCCCCCCCCACCCCCCCCACCCCCCCCCCCCCCGCCACAGCCCCCUGCAGGGUUGGCAGGAAAACAGAGAAGCCAACUGACCUGACCUGCAACCUGCCUGCUGGUCCCUGUGCUGCCCAUCUUUGAACGCUCAGAGACUCCCCCACGACCUUCAACUCCUUGUGCCUCAGUCCCUCACCUGUAAAAUAAGCAUGUUACCCACCUCCUUGAUGGACGUUUUGAGGAAGACGCGCAGGAUUUGAGUAUUAGGGUGAGCAGGAUGAGAUGGAAACUCUUGAAAAAUCUGCAUGUGUAUUUUGAAAUGGAGACAAAUAAAAAAUAUAAAUUAGCCAAA